CACGCUCGUUAUGUAAAAAAGGCGGCCACAAUAAUAAAACACCACAAGCAAAACUCCCGGAGACAAAAUGUUCAAAGUGUUUCAAUCGCCGGCUUUGGCCACGCUCGGCCAACAAUUUGUACGAAACUACGGUAAACACAACAAAAAGUUCCUGUACAAAGAUGGCAUUCUGAAGGAUCAAAUCUACUACUAUCCGAGGGACACCGAUCGACAGAUUCUGCCACCGGCAACGGAAACACCCCCGAAACUCUUCAGCGUCCGUCGGUUGAAGCCGAUUAAGGGACUUCCAUACUGGGAGAAACGAAUCCUGCGUGGAUUGGGUUUAUAUGAGAAAAACGGCGUUGCAGUUGUGAAAAACAUCCCGGAAAAUAAUGCGCGUCUCUGGAAGGUGAAGCAUCUGGUGGAAAUCCUGCCGAUCACGUUCAAAUACGGUGAACCGAGCGAGGCAGACAUCGAACGGACGUUCCUGAAGGAGAACGGCGAGUGCGUUGUGAUUCGCAAGCUAGAGGAGGUCGAUGCGACCCAGGAAAAGUUGGCCGCCGCCGAACAGAUACGGACCGACCGGCUCCGUAUGGAUGGGGAGACGUUGCGAAAGGACUCACGAUUGAAGUGGUUGAACCCAUGGUAAAUACUACCCGGUGGGUGUAAAGUAAUGUUUUGAUGCCGUAUUAUAAGAGUAGCUCCAAUCGAACCAUGUGUAUCCGGUCUAUGUUAGCUCAUU